CUUUACCAUAACAACAGCAUCUCCCCCCGCGUCACCGCCGCUCUGGCGGGAGGGGGACGGGGACGGGGGGACGGGCGGUCAUGUGGACCAAUACCGGGAGCGGACUGAGCACGUCUCCUCUCGGAUAGCCAAUGACGUGGGUCGGUGGGCGGUUCUUUGUCUGUGUUCUGAUUGAAGCAGAGCGGUUUGUAUUAGCUGGAGGAACGGGGGAUCAGGAAGAGGUAAAUAUCCCUGAUGCUCUGGGAGGAUGCGUGUAGUGCUGGAGUGCCGCUGAGCAGCGCUGCAUGUGCUCUGAUCAUCUCCUCUCCAGACGGCGCUUCAUCGUCUCCAGGAUCGCGGACAUCGUCUCCCCCCGAGCGGCGCUGUGUGAGCGGGGAUGCAGCAGACAGACUGCGCAGAGAUGCCUCCGUCCAACGUGACGAAACAGGGCGUCUGAUCUUCCCUCCAACGCCUCUUUGUUUUUAUCGUGCGGCCGUGGAUCUACCGGCGGUGCGGUGUCUCGGAUGGGCCUCCGGGAACCUGGGCUCCUCGGUGUGUGUGUGUGAACAACGAAUAAAAUACAUCGUUUUUAUCGUCGGUGAGAGUGUGAGGAGUCCCUGGUCGCGGGGGAGGCUUCCAGUCCAGAUGAGAGGCAAACAGUAUAAUCAACAGCUGAAGUUGACGGCGCCCUGGGAGAAGGAUGCUGGCUACGGCAGGAAGCUCAAGACGUACCGCAACCACACCAAGAUCAUAGCCCAGCCCGGCAUCGUCAUGAAGGUGCUCCGGCGGAAGCGCAUCGUGCUGUUCAUGGCCUACUUCCUGCUGCUGGUGCUGACCAUGCUGAACCUGGCCAACUACAAGUGGACCAAGGAGCCGCAGCAGUGCAACCACCAGAUGAGGAGCACGUCCUACCAGAGCCGCUCCGACAUUCGCUUCCUCUACCGGCCCUCACUGGCCAAGAAGCGGCAGUUGGUGUACGUGCUGACCACCUGGAGGUCCGGCUCCUCCUUCUUCGGCGAGCUCUUCAACCAGAACCCCCACGUCUUCUUCCUGUACGAGCCCAUGUGGCACAUCUGGCAGAAGCUGUACCCGGGGGACGCGGUGUCGCUGCAGGGCGCCGCCCGGGACAUGCUGAGCUCGCUGUACCGAUGCGACCUCUCGGUGUUCCAGCUCUACAACAGCCCCGGGGGCAAGAACUUCACGUCGCUGGGGCUGUUCGGGGCCACGCUCAACAAGGUGGUGUGCUCCUACCCGCUGUGCUCGGCCUACCGCAAGGAGGCGGUGGGCAUGGUGGACGACAAGCUGUGCAAGAAGUGCCCGCCGCAGAGCCUGCGUCUGCUGGAGGAGGAGUGCCUGAAGUACGGCACCGUCGUCAUCAAGGGCGUCCGCAUCCUGGACGUCAACGUGCUGGCGCCGCUGAUGGAGGACCCCUCGCUGGACCUCAAGGUGAUCCACCUGGUGCGGGACCCCCGCGCCGUGGCCAACUCCCGGAUCAAGUCCCGCCACGGGCUGAUCCGGGAGAACCUGCAGGUGGUGCGCAGCCGGGACCCCAAGCUGCGCCGGGUCCCCUUCGUGGACCCGGGCCACAAGGCCAACAAGAAGGACGGCUCGGACUACCACUCCAUCGGCGCCAUGGAGGUGAUCUGCGACCGCACCUCGCGGACGCUGCGCUCCGCCCUGGCGGCCCCGCCGUGGCUCAAGGGGCGGUACAUGGCGGUGCGCUACGAGGACCUCGUGGAGGACCCGGUGAAGACCCUGAGGAGCGUCUACGGCUUCGCCAACCUCACGGCCAACCGCGACAUCGAGCAGUUCGCCCUGAACAUGACGAGCGGGCCCAGCUCCUCGUCCAAGCCCUUCAUCGUGUCGUCGCGGAACGCCACGCAGGCGGCGAGCGCCUGGAGGACGGUGCUGAGCAUCCAGCAGAUCAAGCAGGUGGAGGACUACUGCCACCACGCCAUGGCCGUGCUGGGCUACGACCGCGUGCGCACGGCCGGCGAGGCCAAGGACCUGAGCCGCUCGCUGCUCAGCCCCUCCAAGCUGUGAGCCCCCCCCCUCCCCCCCAUCUCCUCCUCCAUCACCAAAGCAACGACCCCCCCCCCCCCCCACUGAGCCGCGAGGUUCGGUUCAGUGGCGCCCUCCUCUGAUUGGUGAACCAAAGCUUUACGUCUCAGAUCAGUGUCUGGGGAGUCGGGGUGGGGGGGGGACGGGGACCUCUGGAAUGUAUCUGUACCCUCUCAACCGGACUACUUUUAUACGCGGACUGGUUUACCUCGACCCCCCCCCAUCCCCCCCACCAGGACUCGAACCGUGAGCCGUGUGGGGGGGGGUCCAGAGGGGUUCUUCUUGAAUGUCCACCCCCCCCCCCCCCCCCCACCCAUGUGGGCGACACACUUUGUGAAAAAACAAGCAGUGACUGAGACAAUGAUUGAAAAACAAAAAGGCCAUUAUUUUUAUUAGUGAUUUUAAUUUGAAUGAAACCAGAGACAAUCAUCGAGUUGUUUUUGUCUACGUGCCAUCGGGUUAGGGAGUCCGUCCAGUCGGCAGUAGGCAGGGCGGUGACGUCAUUGCGCCGUGGGUCGUUGUCGAAGUCAAGCUGUGAGUCGUCCCAUUCCAAAUGUUUACAAGUGCUUGCUCUCCACAGAGAUGAAAACCGUGAUCUGGGACACCGCAUCGAGCUGACCGAUGACAAGGAAAAUGUUUGCACCUGUGUUGAACUUGCAUGAUUAUUAUUCAUCUCUUUAUAAAUCUGUUUUUAUCAGAAAGAAACGUUUAGUUUACCAGUGAUUUUUCUGACAUUUUGGUGCUUAGGAGAAAAAUAAUGAACCAAAAUGCACAAUAAAUGAAAAAGUGAGGAAAAA